UAAUAGUUCAUUAUACAAUUCACAAUUAAAUAAAUACCUAAUUAACUAAGCGAAUAUUCAAGUCAUGAUUUAGACAGAAUUUGUUCCACGCGUGCAUUUAAAAGUGAUUUUUGUGCGAUUAAGUGAGGUCGCCAUGUCGAAGGUCUACGAGGAGGUGGACCCUGGGUUCGCAGUGAAGUGCAGUGACGUCACACUGUGCUCGAACACCAAGGGUUUCUUCAAGGAGCUGGUGGAAGAGCUGGUAUCCCUAGCUGAUAAGGAUGACUGGUUGCAGACCUUCGAAAAAAUACCGGAGGCUAAGAAAGUUGCAGCUGUUUUGGAGAAAAAAGAGGUAAUGGAUGCUCUUGUAGAAGUUCUUUCUAGAAUCCAGCCUUUACAUCGAGGGAAGGACCUCAAGAUCUCUCAGGAACGCCUUAAGGCUGCAAAGGCUGCCUUAGAGAGCGACGACCUGAAUAAGGCCCUAGCCUUAGCCACUCAGGCUAUCUUCAAAGCACCUCCUGCAGGUAUCGACGACUCUAUCGAUGGAGGGGCUAUUCUGGCACUGGCUUUAUGGCUUCGCUCGGAAAUACUGCUCAAGAUGGACCGCCCUCAUGCUGCUUUGGAAGACCUGAAGAUGGCGCUGAAGGAACGGCUCCCAGCCAAGAUGAGGCCGCCUUAUUACUGGAGAAUGGGACACUGUUACAAAGGUAUUGGAGAACCGUCAAGAGCCAAGGUUUCUUAUGAAUUGGCUGCGAGGCUUCUGGGCAGUGAUGAGGAGGCUAGAUCUAGGCUCACAAGAGAUAUUGAAAGUCUAGACUACUCGGUGCAGCCUAGGCAUCCACCGGAUAAACCUGCUGUAUCGGUGACAGGUGGGGCUAAACCACAAACCCCAGCUUUGUCGAAGCUGCUCAAAAUUGCUGAAGAAGAGAGUAAGGGUCGGUAUGCAGUUGCCAAUGCGCCGAUAAGAACGGGCGAUGUACUUCUGGUAGACGGACCGUAUGCAGCCUGCCUGCUCUCAGAUUUCUACGGCACCCAUUGCCAACAUUGCUUCAUAAGGAUAGAGGAUUGCACAGAAACGGCACCAGUUUGGUGUCCAAAGUGCUCGGGCGUAGUGUUCUGUGGUGUGCAAUGUCGUGACUCCGCACUGUCAAGUUACCACCCCUACGAGUGUCAGUUCCUGGACCUGUUCAUUGGAUCUGGCAUGUCAGUGCUGAGUUUUAUAGCUCUGAGAAUGGUCACACAAGCAGGUCUCGAAACUUCAAUGACGAUACAUUCAAAAUAUUUAUUUGGUGAAUCGAAAACUGUAGAGGGAACUGUCCUCAAUGAUAUAGAAGGUGUAGCCAAGAAGUUUAAGAUGAAGAGUAGAAAAGAAAGACUAAAUAGAUCUAGGAAAGGCUUAAAAAGCUUAACGGAAAAGGCUAAGGAAGACGUUGAUUCAAAAGAAGAUAAAAUGAAUGUAGAAGAAAAAAUUGAAUUAAAAGCUGCACAAAUAUAUUCAUUGUGCACCCACUCCGAACAGAGGAAAGGUGAUGAUUACUUGAAAAGAAUAAUAAUGGCGUUGUUUUUGACCGAGUGUCUGAAAAAGGCUGACUUUUUUAAGAAGUGCGAAACUGAAAACAGAACAAAAGCCGAGACCUCAAUCUGUGAGUUGAUCGUCCGCAAUCUUCAAUUGCUACAAUUCAACGCCCAUGAGAUUUAUGAGACCGUUCGUGGGAACCACCCAUUCUCUGGGUCCAAGCCGGUGUACAUUGCUGUGGGGAUUUAUCCUACGGGAGCUCUAUUCAAUCACGAGUGCUAUCCUGCCGUUGCAAGAUAUUUCGAAGGUCGCAACAUAGUACUCCGUGCGACACGACCCUUAGCAGCAGGGGAGGUGGUCUCCGAGAACUACGGUCCACAUUUCAUGAUGCGAGGGGUGCAGGAACGGCAACGUGUCCUGGCUUCAAGAUACUGGUUUCGAUGUGAAUGUGCCGCUUGUCGGGAAGACUGGCCUACUUUAAAGCAGAUGACGAGUGAUACGCCACCUUAUUUGAGGUGCGACAAUGCGGACUGUUCGUACAAAUUCCGAGCCAACGCGCCAUCUUUGUCAAACAGAUGUCCCAAAUGUUCGACGGCAAUCGAGAGAGAAAUCGUCAAGAGCAACCUGGAGGCAGUUCAGAAAUGUAUCGACUUGUACCAGGAAGGUGCACGUCUCAUGGACGAAGGGCGGACCGAAGAAGCCACAGAGUCAAUGUGCAACGGCAUCGACCUGUUCCACGAAGUAGCUCGCCCUCCCCAUCGCGACACCCACCUAGCACAGGAAUCCUUGAGAGCUUGCUUUGCGACUGCUGGGAAUGUGCACAUAGUGAAGAACACAGAUGACGCAACAGCAUAACUAAGCACUUUCAAUCAUAUACAUAGGUAGCCAAGCAUACAUAUGGUCACGUCUAUAUCCCUUGCGGGGUAGACAGAGCCGACAGUCUUGAAAAGACUGAAUGGCCACGUUCAGCUAUUUGGCUUGAUGAUAGAAUUGAGAAUUAAAAUAGUGACAGGUUGCUAGCCCAUCGCCUAAAAAGAAUACCAAGUUUGUAAGCCUAUCCCUUAGUCGCCUUUAACGAAAUCCAUGGGAAAAAGAUGGGAGUGGUCCUAUUCUAUUUAGUAUUGGUGCCAGGAACCACACGGCACAACUUGGCAGCCAAGCAACUUGGGAAAUACUCUACGCUUUUCCAACUAUUGCACUAUCAAUUAUUGCAGGGAUGCAAUGGUUUUUUGAAUUGAAAUUGCGUGCGGUCGCGGUUCAGGCGAACUCGCAAUCGGUCAAGUGUCUUAAAAAGCAUGUUGUACUCUGCCGCAACGCCCCAAGCGUCAAAAUCGCAAACAGCUAUCAAUUGAUCUUUUCCACGAAGUAGCUCGACCACAUCGAGACCCUCAUCGAAUUUCCCAAUUAUUUUCAGUACACUAGGAUAUUCAUCCUCUCGUCUGCUUCGGAAUGCGUUAGUUUAUGUGCAUUGUGCAUAUAUAAGAAGCACAUAAUGAGGCAACAGCAUUAGUAGCAUUAGGAAAAUCGAACAAAUUUUACCAUACUGUCUAUCUUUAGUUAAAUACAUGUCAUCUUUAGUUUUAUACUUGCAAUUAUCGCUUGAAAUCUCCACAUCACUGCUAUAGAUGUUUUAAGAUGAUAUGAUAUUAUGUUCCACUGUCUUAUCUACGGAAAGAGAUGGAGUGGUCCUACUAGUGUCGUGUUUGUAACUUUAUAGUCUAAGCUAAAAUCAUACGGUAUGCAUU